AUCCGGCAUCCGCUAUAUAUAAAUGGCGACGUAGCCACAGCUGCUGCCGCGCCUUGCCGGUUGCCGCUGGGCACCUGCACUGCACUGCACACCGGUGAGACGCGCGCGGCGAUCGAUCGUCGUACGUACGUGAUGGCGCCGUCGUCUCGGCGUGCCUGCCAUGGCUGGGCGUGGGCGCUGACGAUGGUCGUCGUCCUAGCGUUGUCGGCUUCUUCGGCAGACGAUGCUGCCUGCGACCUGUUCCGGGGGAGGUGGGUGGCGGACAAGUCGUACCCACUGUACGACGCGUCCGCCUGCCCGUUCGUGCCGGACGUCUUCGACUGCCGCCGCAACGGCCGCCCCGACGACGCGUACCUCAAGUUCCGGUGGAGCCCAGCCAAUAACUGCCAGCUGCCCAGGUUUGACGGCGCCGACUUCCUGAGGAGGUGGCGAGGGAAGACGGUGAUGUUCGUGGGGGACUCGCUGAGCAUGAACCAGUGGGUGUCCCUCGCCUGCAUGCUCCACGCCGCCGCCCCGGCUCCCGUCCGCGCCACCUUCACCAGCGGCGAGCCCGUGUCGGCCGUGCGCUUCGAGGACUACGACCUGUCACUGGUGCUCUACCACACCACGUUCCUGGUGGACGUCGUGCGGGAGGACAUCGGCCGGGUGCUGAAGCUGGACUCCAUGCGCAACGCCAGCGACUGGCUCGGCGCGCACCUGCUCGUCUUCAACACGUGGCACUGGUGGACCUACAGGGGCGCCAGCCAAGUGUGGGACUACGUGCAGGACGGGAAUAGCACGUACCGGGACAUGGACAGGCUGACGGCCUUCUCCAAGGCCCUCUCCACAUGGGCGCGCUGGGUCGACGCCAACGUCGACGCCUCCCGAACCAGGGUCUUCUACCAGGGCGUCUCCCCGAGCCACUACGACAUGUCGUCGAAGCAGCAGGAGAGCCAGGCUGGGACGACGACGGUGCCAGCAGCAGCGGCCGCGGGAGGCAGCUGCCUGAGGCAGACGCGGCCGCUGCAGGAAGCUACGGAGGCGGCCGGCGGCGGCGGCGGCGGGACGACCCUGGCCCCGGAGCAGGCCGUGGUGCGGGGCGUCAUCGGCGCCAUGAGGGCGCCGGUGUCGCUGCUCGACAUCACCGCGCUGUCGCAGCUCAGGAUCGACGCGCACCCGUCCGUGUACGCCGGGCCGGGGCGGGACGGCAUGGACUGCACGCACUGGUGCAUCGCGGGGCUCCCGGACGCAUGGAACCAUAUCAUGUACGCCAUGCUCCUGCAGCACACGGCAUAGUUUGAACAUGAACACCGAUAAUUAUAUUCUUUCGGAAAAAAAACAAGAACCAAUAAUAAACCUCUACUGCAUGCGCUUUAUUUAUUCUUCUUUUCGAAAAAACCAUUUAUUGUUGAGCCUCUAAUUAGGCAUUAAUUAGUGUUACUAGCCUUUAAUGGAAGCUAGAUCAUUAUUGUGUUUAAUUAGCUUCUCUAGCUAGAUUUAUUGAAAUAAUGUAACCCCCUACGCUGCAAGUUAUUAGUUGGAGUGUGAUGAUAUAUAUGGUUACUA